UUGCUUGUGUUUUUGCGCAUUUUUUGCAUUCGCGUUCUUUUAAUUAUUUUAGUUUAAUUUCUCUGCCUGAGAUUUAUUUCGCGAACGUUUAAAAAUGUUAUCAAUCCAUUUUCAGUCACAACAAACCAAACCGCAGAGCAAGAGCCACAGCUAAAUUAAUAUUUUGCAAGGCAGGUCCAAACAGUAUCUAUAACAUAAACAACAACAAUAGCACUACCCCCAGGACAUCCGCCAUAACGCCUCAAGCUCAAGGUUACUCAAAAACCCCCAUGCUGCGACUGCAGCUGUCACAAAACCAAACAAGAUGAGAAUAAUCUAGGCGCUUCAAUUUGGAAGACAUUCUCGAGCUUACUCCGUUGCCGUUUCUAUUACCUCGGCAUGUUGUGCUUCGACUCGGAGAAGAUGAAUUGGUAUUAUCAUGUGCUGGCACGGAGACCAUACCUGGUGGUCGUCUCAAUUGCAGUUUAUUGCGUGGCCUGCAUUAUAGUCGCAUUUUUACUUAACGACCUACCAGACUUUAGUGACCCCACCUUGGGCUUUGAGACGCGAGGCACCGAAAUUGGCAAACGUCUAACCGCUUGGCAUAAUCUGGAUCAGGAGGUUGACGGCAACGGUGUUUUGUUUUCCAACCCCACAGAUCUGAUGCUAAAGCUUCAAACCGACAAGAAACGUGGUGUACCGCGUCAUCAGCAUCCCAAUUACAGGCGGCACAAAAAACAGCGUCGAAAGCACAAAAACAAUAAGGGCCGCAAAGAGCCCAAGAAAAAUGAGCACGACGACAUGGCGUACAAAAUGAUGCUUAUUAAUAAGCGCCUAAAGGCGACCAAGAGUCCGUUAAGCGAUAAGUGGAUGGGUGACAGCGGCGUGUUUCGUGACUACGAGGUAACCAACGACAGCAGCCCUUCCUUGCUAGAGCCGACCAGGCGCAGCGAUGAGAUUGAAUAUGGCCACAAUACUACUUACGUGGAUGAGGAUGAGCAUCGUGAGCGCGUACAGACCAAGAAGAGUACAUGGCGUAUGCUAAAGCAGGCCUCAUUACCCAACGACGGAUGGUCUAACUCAAGAGUGCGUCAACCCAUCGAGGGUUUUUUUUGUGAUUCCUCACCACACAAGGAAUACUCUCAUUUUGUGGUGCAGCGCAUUGGACCAAAUUCGACAGACUCACUGUUUGAUCUAAAUGGCAUGUUGGCCAUGUGCCAGCUGCAAGAGCAAAUUGGUGCCGUGCCCAGCUAUCAGGCAUUCUGUGAGCCUGAAAUGCUUACAUCCAAUUGCUGCCGGCCGUGGUCGCUGCCCAGCUAUGCCACCCUGUUGGCCAAUAAGAGUUCCUGUUUUGAUCUGACUACGGAUGAUGUUGCGCUGUUGCGAUCGCUGCUGCUUAAUUGCUACGAUUACUACCACUAUCUAAAGCUGGACGUCAAUUGUAACGAAUUAAAUCGCUGUUAUGCGCCGGAAGAAUGUACGCGCAACAAUUUGGUCUUCAAUGUACUCAACUUUCUAAGCGAUCACAGCUUUAUUAAGCCAAACGACACGAAUAUUUUUUUGAAAUACGCCAUGAUUUUUGUACCAGUUGCACGCUCCAAUCGCAUCCUGCCGCUUUUCCACGAAUGGCAACACGUCGAGCUAUGCAAUGAGUUAGUGGAAGUUGUUGCCAUGGAUUUGGGUCUGGAAAAUGAGCUAUUUAGCGAGCAGUUACUAACAGAUGUUUGGCUGGUAUCGCUGGGUGGUCUCUUCGUUAUGGCUUGCGUUUGGUUAUAUACAGGAUCUGCGUUUAUUACACUAAUGUCCUGUUGUGCCGUUUGUUUCUCAUUGGGAUUGGCAUACUUUGUUUACACGUUGGUAUUUGAGUUAAGCUUCUUUCCAUAUAUGAAUCUCCUAGCCAUUGUGGUCAUCAUUGGUAUUGGUGCGGAUGAUGUAUUCUUGUUCCUAAAAAUCUGGCAAUGUGUGCUGGCCGAGCGCUUUAGCAAGAGCAGUACAUUGAACACACAAUCAACAUUGCCGACGCCGUUGGAGCACAAUGAGCAUACGGAAACAUUAGAGAAUCUAAUGGCGCUGACUAUGCGACAUGCGGCAGCAUCUAUGUUUGUCACCUCGGUAACCACUGCUAGCGCAUUUUAUGCCUCCUACAGUAGCUCCAUAACUGCAAUUAAAUGUUUUGGAAUUUUUGCGGGCACCGUUGUGGUCACCAACUAUUUGCUUAUGAUCACCUGGUUACCCGCCUCGGUAUCAAUUAUGGAGCGCCUGUUUGCCAGCCACAUGUGCUGCCAGCAGCAUUUAACACAAAAAUUGAUCAACGCCUGCAAGAAGUCAAUUAAUCGAUUUUGCGAAUUGUUUGAAGAGUGCAUUACGCAGAGUAUUAUGAAUUAUGCAUACCUGUGGCUGUUCAUCUUUGCCGUGCUGGGCGUUUCCAGUGCGAUCAUUGUGUUCUGGUAUCCGGGUCUGCAGCUGCCAGAGAAACCACAUUUUCAAUUAUUUGUGUCACAUCAUCCCUUCGAGGUUUAUACAAAGCUAAGGCAUCAGUUUUGGUUUGAGAAGCCUCUGCAAGGAGUGGAAAAUUUCAAUAUGAGCAUGCGCUUCGUUUGGGGCGUACAAGCGGUGGACGAUGGCGACUUCACAAACCCAAGCUCAUACGGUAACCUACACUAUGACAAUAAUUUUAAUAUAUCAAGCAAGACGGCGCAGAUUUGGUUACGGAACUUUUGUCAAAACAUACGCCAGCAGCCAUUUUAUCAGGCUACCUUUGGUUUCUUGCUGCCCAAUUGCUUUAUUGAGAACUUUAUAAGAUACAUGGAGCGUAGAUGCGUUGAUGACAUGGACUCAAUGAGCUUGGAUCGCGCACCUUGCUGCGACGCAGAGUUUCCCUACGAGCCGCACAUAUUUGAGGAGUGUUUGCCACAAUGCAUUUCCAAUUUGUGUGAAACCAGUUUCUAUCAGCACGGCAAAGCGGGUCCCAAGUUUGCUGCUGGACCCAUCCACUCGGAUGAGUACUUCGAGGGCAAUAGUAAUGAAAGCUUAAGCAUUGAGUCGACUUCUACGCAACUACUCGUGAAAGCGAUCAUCAUUGAGUUUGAUUCGAAUGUCAGAUACAGCACGCUCUACGCCAACAUCAACCAGUUUUAUGAGAGCGUCGAGAGUUGGUUUCAGCAGCAGCUCAGCACGGCGCCCUUGGGGUUGCGUGGUGGCUGGUUUAUCAGUGACUUGAAGUUUUACAGCGUUCAGGACACACUUUCGCACGACACAAUCAUUGCUAUUGUGCUGGCCAUGGCAGCUUCACUUGUUGUUCUGCUCUGCUUCACACUUAAUUUCAUUAUUUCCAUAUAUGCCGUCAUUACUGUCUCUCUGACCAUUUUUAACACGGUGGCUGUGCUUAUUUUACUCGGAUGGCGGCUUAAUAUACUGGAGAGCAUUGCGGUAUCGACUGCAAUUGGCCUGGCUGUGGAUUUUAGCCUACACUAUGGCAUACAUUAUCGGCUCUCGCCUUCUAAGGAGCGCAUUGCAGCCACACAAUUUGCGCUGUCCCGCAUCAUUGGUCCAACAGUUAUGGCAGCGGUUACCACUGGCGUUGCCGGUGGCAUUAUGAUGGCAUCAAAUAUAUUACCCUACAUACAGAUUGGUAUAUUUUUAGUUGUAGUAAUGGCCACCAGUUGGUUCUAUGCAACCUUCUUUUUGAUGAGCCUGCUCAAAGUGGCCGGACCGCAGUACGGUUUCAUGCAGCUGGGCUGGCCUGCAUGGCACAAGCGUCGCACUGCAAAGGCUAAUAAAUUCUACGAACGGAAACCCAGUCAAAUAAUUGCCACUGAACAGCUGCUAACACCCACCAGCUCAGCCAUUGUUGAGAUGGCCAAUUCGGAGACACAUGAAUUGGAAUCUCUUAAUUCAAACAAUCAGAUCAGAACCAUUUCAGGUGCAGAGAGUGGACAUCCGCCGCCUUCUCUAGCUGUGGACUUAGAGCACUCAUUUCAAACGCCGCACUAGUGCAAAAUAUCAAGCGGAGUCCGCGAUUUUCAAUGGAGCUUCUUAUUGCCUCAGCUAAGGAGCUGCAAGUAUAUGCAUUUUUUAUACAAAGGGCAACGCAACGAAGCUGUCCGAAAUAUAUACAAUUACUAUGUAUAUGUAUUUAGCACACAUUGCGCCAAUGUAAGUGUACGUAUGUAAGCUGUAUUGAUAUAUCACAGCUAGUCGUAUGUGCAAUUACUUUGUUAGAGUUAAGCGUGACUCAAAGAGGCAAGCGAUUUGCGUAAAUGUUUGACACAUUUUAUACUUUGCUAAUAUAAUAUUCUAUUAGGCGGAGAUUCGCAAUUAAUUGUACUUAUGCUUGAGCAAACAUUUGCGCCAACUAGUUGGCUAUUUGAUUUACUAUUUAGUGUGCUAUUUCAAAAAGACUUUCAACAGUUGCAAUGCGAUUUUUUACUUAGUUACUGUAACGCUUGGCUCUCGCUCGAGCCAAGUGAGCUCAAUAUUGUAAACUGAAGCAAUUGGCGGAAGGUACUGGGUACGUCCAUAAUUGUACGACUGCACGAUGUCGGUAUUAUUAGUCUUAAGUAAAGUAUUCGACAACAGAGCGCGUCCGCGUAAUUGUUUAUGUAUUUACGUAUUUAACUGUAAUCAAAACUAUUUAUACUCUGAAUUUUUAUUAGCUGUUAAAAUGGGCCAACUAUGUUGAUGCCGGCAUUAUAGUAUGUAUGCAGGUAUAUGUAGUUACCAUAUAUGGUAGUUAUAUACGGCACAAACACACAAUAUAUAUAAUGUACAUUGGUGUACUAUAUGUGUUGUCUAUCCUACUUAGUUGUAAAUGUUUAAAACACACAAAAACACACUCGCGUUUGUAAUAACCAUGUAACUGUGAUACAGAAGGUGACAAAUUGAUAAAUACAAAUUCUAUGUUUAUACAGACAAUGAGAGCUAGUUAAACAAAAAUCAUGACGUAUUGUACUUAACUAUAACUGAAAACCUUGUACUUCCUUCAUUAAACUUAUUAAAUGUGUUGAAGUGAUUUAAUAAAUGUUACUUGUAAAACAAUAAAUAAAAAUAUUACUUUCAAAACAAA